GUCUUGAUUGCCCUGUACUGAGCCAUCAGCAGAACUGAAAACUAUAUAUUGCUUGAGCUCGCGGCCGUAAAUCUUGAAGAUUUAAUACGAAUGCGCACGAACAAGCAGAGAGGCAAGGCCUUCUUCAGUGUUACCCCGUAUUGAUAGCCUCCACACUCAAGCAGGCGAUCAGAUUAUUGUCAUUAAUUUCCCACUGACAGGAAUAAGAGCGGCGGGAUAUAUAGCUACGUAGGCAGGCAUGCGAGAUCCAGCAUUCAUUUUCUCAUUUAGCAUUAGGCUUAGCACGAAAAGAUCAACAUUAACGCAAGCGGUGGAAGAUAGGGCUCUACAUUCUUCAGAGUUCCAUCAAAUCGCGGGCUAUUGAUUGGUUUAAUUCUGUGGAUGAUUAGAUCUCAAUUGCACAGAGCGUGUACAAGGCUGGAGGCGAGCUUGCUGUUGUCAAACGAACCCAGGGAUAAUUGAACCAGAUGGAAGCCGCAUAAUUGGGGGACUGCAUAUCCCUUCUGCACUUAGAAAGGAAAUUAACAAGAAUUAAAUUGUCUGAGGAUCGGUAUUAGUUUGGAACGCAGAUAGAGCAAUUAGCUGAUGUGAGGACAGGGGCGAAAAUAUUCGACUUCGCGACUUUACUGAGCGCUGUUUGACAAUUACUGAAAUGGAAGGGAAAGAGUCGGUAUCACAAAACUCGGCAAAUGGCCCCAUCAUGUUUGCUAUUCCACGGACAUGGCAUCCACAUAUUUAUGAUAAAGCUCCAAGAGUUCCCACGCGGCAUUUAAUAGCAGACAUUUUGGGUUUUCGAGAAGAAUAUGGAACAGCACCAUCGUCAUUAUCAUCAUCAUCAUCAUCAUCAUCAUCAACACUGAGGGCCGGUACCGUAUCCAUGGGCGGCAUGAACAUCGAUGAUGACAAUGAUGAGUUAACCAGCACCAAAUGUUUGCCGAAUGCAGGGGAAUCAGGUGUUCCCUUUGACACUACCUGCUCAGAAUCAGACGUCUCGGAAAUCUCAGCGCCCUCCUCGUCAUUGUCCAAGGCAAUGUCCUUGUCUGGGAGCGUCGAUGGGGGUGACAGCGACGGUCCCGUGGACUUGUCGGCGUCGUCAAGCAAGCGUAAACGAGAUGUCCAAAGGAAAACAACCGUCGAUUCGUGCUCUACUAUCGACCAUGGGAUGAAACGGAAAAUAGUUAAUGAAGACAAAUCUGAAGAGGAAAAAGAUGACAAAGGAGACAAAUCGAAAAAGAAGAAAGCGCGCACAACGUUCACUGGCAGACAGAUAUUCGAACUAGAAAAAAAAUUUGAACAAAAGAAAUAUUUGUCCUCUACUGAAAGAACGGAAAUGUCGGCAUUGUUGAACGUUACUGAAACACAGGUGAAAAUAUGGUUCCAGAACCGUCGCACCAAAUGGAAGAAAGUAGAAAAUCUGUCUGGGAAUCAGGCCGCAGAAAUAAAACGUCAAGAGGCAAACGUGGACCAGAAGAAACAAAGAGAGGAAAGAACACCAAAAAGAAAUGAAAAAGAAACUAUUCUUUCAAGUGGUUCGAGUGAGUAUGAGGAGAGAGGUCUGCUUUCCACUAAUAGUAAAGACGGCGUGAAAAAAGAGACAGUAAGUCAAGUAAGAAACUCUGCAGGGACAGAUAAGGAAACUUUAGACGAGGAGAGCACAGGGACACAGCAGGGGUGUGAAGGAAAUGUAAAAGAAAACUUUAGUCAUACAAAACUAUCGAAAAAUAGUGACAUGAUAAAUGAGACCAUGACGGAAAAUCCACCGCCUGCCGAAAAAAUAAUAGACUCCGAAACACAUUCUGAAAAUGGAGAUUGUGAACAGAGAUUGAUUCCACUGGAAAAACGUGAAUGUGAGGGCGAAGAUCGCCUACGUUAAUGACUGUUUGUUUUUACAAAAACUUGUUUAUUUUUUGUUCUAAAACACAGAACUGUCAGUUUGGUUGUCUCAAAAUGACGCUAGAGAUUUCUUUAUUUUCUCUCUAAUAACUUCUGUCUUCUCACAACAUUUAACGCUAGCAUUUGAUGAAUGUACAUUUGAUCACUGUGACUAAUCACUGGUCUUCAGUAUUAAUCAUUAGAAUCCUCCACGGGGAAACGACCUAUCUUUGCUACUAAAGAAAGACAAGUAAUGAUUAGUAGUUGAGCGGUCCUGGUACAAGUACCGUUACUAAUAAAUGUGCUUUUUAGCUUCUUUAGCUGGCUCACUGUCUAUUUACGAUUGAUCUUUGGUUACCUCGAAAGCUAUAUGAACUUAAGUACUAGAAUUAUUUGUCUGCAGUUCAUGAUCAAAGUCAGGAAACACGUAUACUUGCAGCACUAAUCGAUAUGCCCUUCUCCUUAGUUAAUGGGACUUGUAACAGGUAAAGCGUAUUAAAUUGAAAUUGACAGAAUUUUUUUCUCUGUGCGGAAAAAUUCAUUUUCAUCAUCUCUGUCACGCGAGUGCACCAACGCAACAAGCAUUUUUACAUUUCUGCUGCUUUUUGCCUG